GGUGAUAGUAUGUGUUACCCAGGAUGAUAGAAUGCUAUGUUAGCAAGUAACUGAAUGUCAAUUAGCCUGUACCUUAACUUAGAAUCUUGCAGUCAACAUAAACGGUGGAUCUGAGACAUUUUUCGUUUCCUACAUUCUGUUUAUGUAAUGGGGGUGUCCCCACCAAAGCUGAGACCAAACCUACGCCCAUGCCACUGAUACAUGCCAAUGAAGACCGGAAGUGCCACCGGAUGUGCCAUUGCGUCAGAUGCCAUGUCACUUUUGUUGUUACAACUCAGGGAUGAAUAAGGGCGGCUACUACCUAAAAAAGUUACCGUGCCACGUUAUCUAACCCGAAGAUGAUAGUCCUAAAUGGGACAGUAUUUCAAACAAUACUGACACAAAUAACUGCUUUUUUUAAUGAUGAUGUCCACUAUUAUGAUGUCAGGCUGAAGGCAGAUGAAGCCAUAUUCAGAAUGACAAAAACCUUUGUGGAAAUUGUUUAAUGACUGUUACGAAGACUAAGUGUCAAAUAUUUUAACACAAACUGCGCAUUAGGCUAUUUUUUUUCACGGAUGUAUCAGAGGCUGGACUUAAUAUCCGUAAAUUUACGUCACAUACAGUUGUAUGACUCAUUCGACAUAUUUCUAUGAUGAAUAACUUAGCAGUUGCCAUCCCAUAGGCUACUUUUACAUUAUAACGGCAAACUAAACUUCAGUAUUCUGUACAAACGGACUACUUUGCUACUAAUUGAUGGGUAUCAUCCGCAGCCUCAGAAAAGCCUAAUAAUAUUUUCAACCCCCAUCUCGUGAUUCUGUGUAGCGUAGAUUAUCAGAUGCGGGCGGGGCUUCGGCGUCACCGGAGAUAAACACUCACAGGACUCCACACUCAGUUUUGGACGCUUAAACUUUCAAUGAGGGCAAAGCAGACUGUCGUUGGAAGCCACAGACAGCGAGUGUGCGGCGCUGUCUCUUUAAACCCGCCCGGUGUGAAAAGUUCAGUCAAGAAGGCGGCGAGGAGGAGAAUUCUGCGCGGUUUGGCGCAGAGAUCAGCGUCUGGUAUCGCGAGCGCAGCGCGGCAGAUGGCUGGCGACGGCGACGAGGCCAAACGUCUCCCAAAGAGACCGUUUCACGGCGAAGCAGAGGAGAACUCCAGCGCGAACAUUAAUGAAAACGUCAACAUUCAGCCCGGGAAAAAGACUCCGGGUGAACGGCGCGGUAAGGAGAACUCUGCCGCCAAGUGUAGUGGCUCUGCAGAGGUGAAGAUGGACCAGACCGUUCACAGUGCCCAAACGCGAGAGGACCCGAGCAUUUUCUUCGACGAGGACAGCAAUCACAUUUUCCCAGUGGAGCAGUUCUUUGGGAACCUGGAUGUUGUUCAGGAUUACCCACGCAGAACCCCAGGAAGCAAGAGAAUGAGUCGGAGAGAGUACAGGAGCAUGCAUUACUAUGCCAAAGAGGACAGUGAAGACGAGCAUCUAUGAGGACACGAUCGCUCUCAAACUGUCUGCCACAGUUUUGACCUGAAGCCUGCAGGAGUUUGACUGACACGGGAGGAAUUUUACAGUAUGCCGGUAAAAUGGACUUGAUUGUUUUAAAGCAAGCUAUUUUAUUCCAAGAUCCUUCUCAAUUAAUGUUUGAACUACACUGAGAUGCACUGAUGGUUUAUCAGUAAUGUGGUAAUGCUGUUUUAAUGAGGUACGUUAUCAAUGACAAAAAUUUUAGUGCAUGCCUAAUUAUAAACUUCAGAGCAUUAUACGUGUGCCGCAUUAACAGAAUGUACAGUAAGAAGGUUUUGUGCUAGACUCAAGGCUUAAACCAUCAUGUGAUUGGGGCUUGUGCUUAAAGAAAGCUAUAAUAUAUGAAAAACUCUCUGUACCAUAAAGUUGAUCUGGCAGCGCUGACCAGCAAACACUGGGUUCUCUUACUAAGCUCUGAAAUCAACAAAUAUAAUGCUAUCAGUCAAGUGCCUCAAGUUUGCUGUUCAGACUUUGAUAUUCUGAAUUUGGCACUUUUAAACAUUCUCUGUUGAGAAUUAAUAAUUUGUUUUGGAAAAAAACUCUUUAUACUUCAGAUUUGGUGCUGUAUAAUUAAUUGAAAAUUAAAGACAUCUUAUGUUUUUUGAUAUUCUUAUGAUGUAAAGACUUUUUUAUUGGAUAGUAUCUCAAAUUAAGAGGGUUUUAGUGUAAGAUAUGAAAAGUCAUUUUUAACCAAUCAAGCUCUUUUAUGCAUGUUGCUCCACUAGGAAUUUGAUUCGUCUGUAUAUGAUGAUAUCUUAUAUGACUGGAUUUGCACUAACUUCACUAGUGGCUCAAAGAUGUAACAUUUUAAUAUGUAGUUUCUUUGCUACUAUGUACAAAUUGUCUGAGGUAAAAAUUAUAGAAAGUGAUAUGUAUAUUUUUCUAUUGAAGCGAUAAAUCAAGUGCUAAUUUUUUGCUACCAAAUGCCUUGUAUGUACAUGACGUCAUUUUGUGAACUUAUUUAAUAUCAAAUCUUCAGUGUAUUAUACGAAAGCCACAAUACUCCGUCCAGAGAAAAUAAACCUCAUGAAUGACUUUGGAAAA